AUGAGGCAGAAAAGAAUGAGUUUAAUUGGAAUGCUAAGGCCUCUGUGGCGUAAUGCUAGGCCAAAUCUUCAAUGUAAAGUGCUAACAGAGCUUGCAAGAAAUAAUGUAAUCAAAUCUCAUGUUCCAAGUAUCGCAACGAUAACCAACCGAUAUUUAUGCACUGAUAUUAAUACUGAAUCUAGCGGCAUUCCGCCAGAAUCGCGAAGUGGCUUAAUAACGCAUCGUUUUUUGGUCGAAGAUUUGUUUGUUAGUGGUCUGAUUGGUCGUGCUGGAAAUAUAAUUGGAGGCAUUAGGAAGCAGUCUGGAUGCAGCAUUAAAAUUGAAGAUUUCAUAGACGAAGAGUCCUGUAAACGAGAAGUCUGUAUUUAUGGUCCUUCCAAAGACGUUGACUUGGCGAAAGAGUUAAUACAGAGCAGAUUGAAUAUAUUGCUAGAAAGAUACAAUGAAACAGGCAAAGCCUUGGUCAGUAAGCACUUAUUAGUUGAAAAUGAUCACGUCGGAGCUGUCAUUGGACAACGUGGAAAUAAUAUAACUAAAAUUCGGAACCAAUGCGAUUGUCAAGUACGGAUAGCUAGACAACCUCAACCUGGAACAACUACCCGUGCUAUAGUUAUAUCAGGUGAUCCUGAAGAAGUUGACAGAGCAAUCGAAAUGGUAAAGAACAGUGUAGAAAAUAGACAUGAGGAAUAGUAUCACAAAGAUUCUGGCUCUAGUUAAUUCAAAAGCUAUUCGCUUUCUUCAAUCUAGUCGCAAUACAAUCUUAUUGUAAUGUAGUUCUUAAAGAAGGAUCUUUAAUCAGCGAUACAGUGUCUAUUUUACAUCGGUUAAUUUAAUCCAGUUUAUUUGUAGCAGCAGUAAUAGAAUUCAUCGUAAACUGGACCAUAUUGUAAAUUGGCUAUAAGUACCGCAAUUCCAUUAAAAAUAAAAGGAUUAUAUGGCAUGUUUUAAUAUUUUGUUCAGUUUUUAGAUCACACCGUAAUAAGC